ACACACACACUCUCAUCUGUCAGUGAGUGUGCUGAUCUGUGUUUGCCGUGUCUCAGGGAACAUCCAGGUGUCGUGGAUCGAUGACACGUCGGCGUUCGUGUGUCUCAGUCAGACGGAGCAGGUUCAGAUAGCCAUGAACACCAGCCGCUACGCCGAGAGCUACCGCAUCCAGACCUACGCUGAGUACAUGCAGUCCAGACAGAAGAGCACACACACCAGCAGGAGGUGGACUGACGACGGCUGGGCGGACACUUCCUACAGCGCCGCCUCGGGCUCCAGCCGGCUGCAGGCGGUCAAGAGGAGCAUCAGUCCGUCUCUAGAGGAGCAGAAUCACGACGCUGACAGCAGCUGGACAAACUACAGCAGCGUCAAGAAGAUCAAGACCGACGGAAGCUGCUCGCAGACGUACGCUGAUGUCGCUGGCUCCUGUGAUUGGCCCAGACUGCAGCCUGAUGAAGGCGGAGCCUCUGUGAGUCCAGUGCAGGAGGAGGCGGAGCCCGAGGAGUCCUCAGCCAAUCAGAGUCAAGGUAAAAGGAGCCGCAGACACAAGAAGAGGAAGUCAGACGCUUCUGAAACUACGCCACCGGCGCUCUUCGACGUUCCUCAGGUUUGGUAGCGAAGGCUCGGCAGCCAAUCGGAAGCCUCGCUCAGUCUGGGUGUAAUUGACAGCCAAUCAGAAGACUGCACUUAUCUCCUGACGCCC